AUGCCCGAGAUCGGGGAGGUUGCGCGUAUGGUGCAUUAUCUACGCAAGCACCUUGUCAACAGAACAAUCGCAACAUGCCAGGCCUUCGAAGACGCAAUAGUAUAUGGCAAGAAGGGUGGCACCGAUGCCAAUGCAUUCUCAAAACACUUGAAGGGUAGGAAGGUCGUAGGUGCAGGGCAGCAAGGAAAAUACUUCUACAUCACGCUCGACAAGCCACCUCAUUCCGUCAUGCAUCUGGGCAUGACGGGAUGGAUCAAAUGCUCCGUCGAAGAGACCGCCUACUACAAGAGAGCGAAGGAGGAUGACAAGAUGCCUGAAGCAUGGCCACCCGAGCCGAAGUGGACAAAGUGGUUGAUCAAGUGCGAUGCCGAAGGAGAUCGAGAGGCCGUCGAGCUUGCGUUUGUCGAUGCUAGACGUCUCGGAAGGAUCUCCUUGGUUGAUUGCGAGGCGGAUGACAUACGGAAUCACAGUCCGUUGAAAGAGAACGGACCCGAUCCAUUCAUCGACAAGGACAUCGUGACGGUGGAAUGGCUCUCGAAGCUGUUAAACAAGAAAACUGUGCCGGUCAAAGCACUCCUGCUGAAUCAAAGCAAUUUGAGUGGAAUCGGGAACUGGGUCGCCGAUGAGAUCCUCUUUCAGGCGAAGCUACAUCCCGAGCAAUACAGCAAUACCUUCGACCAGCAGCAGAUUCAGCAGCUUCACGCGGCAUUGAUGGAUGUCACCACGAUAGCAUGCGAGACGCUGGCAGACAGCUCGCAAUUCCCAGAAACAUGGCUCAUGCGCUAUCGCUGGGAUAAAGGCAAGAAGGGAGACGUCAACAAGUUGCCGAGUGGCGAGAAGAUUGAGCAUAUCACUGUAGGUGGACGAACAUCUGCCUUUGUACCCAGCAUUCAGAAAAAGACUGCAGCAGUAGCAGGCGACGUGAAGUCUUCGGAGGAAAACGUGAAGGCGGGAAGAAACCCCACGAAGGCCCGGAAGCGGAAGGCUGAGGAAGAAGAAGAGGAGGAGGGGGAUGAACAAGGGGUUGACGAGGAAGAAGUUGUUCCAGUGAAGAAGCAGCGUGGCAAAAGGAUAAAGUCUGAAGCCAAUGGAGAUGCUGAACCGAUAAAGACAAAAGCACCGCGAGCCAACAAGGCUAGGACAAAAGCUGAAGUGAUCGACGAGGAGAAUGUCAGCGCAGCAGAUCUAUCUGGUGAAGCAGAAGAGAAAUCACCGAAGGCAAAAAAGGCGAGGGGUACACCCAAACAACCAAAAAAGCCUGAGCUACCGGCCGAGCGACAGUCGUCUCGCAAUAAUUCAACAGCGAAAACAAAGACCACGAUCAAGAAAGCUAUGAAGCCAGUCGUGCCCGGAGUGCGGAAAUCCGCGCGUGGGAAGAAGUAG